ACGUACAAACACCGCGAGUUUCGACGCACACGGUGUGCGACGUAUGUGUGCGACCCAUUCAUCUAAUGCAAAGAAAUUAGUUCCUUCCUUCGUUGUUUUGAUAUUACGCUCGAAAGCUAACUGCUAUGAUGGUUUCUCUGAAGCGAGAAAGAGAGGCUGAGGUGGACGACGAUGACAGCGAAGACGGAGUGGUUGCUAAAAUAGGUCGAGGACGUGUAGCAGAAGACCGAAGGAGCCGCCACUGCCCUUAUCUUGACACCAUCAACAGGAGUGUGUUGGACUUUGAUUUCGAGAAGCUGUGCUCCAUCUCUCUGUCCCACAUCAAUGUCUACGCUUGCCUUAUAUGUGGGAAAUAUUUCCAAGGUCGAGGCCUAAAGUCCCAUGCUUACACUCAUAGUGUACAGUUUACCCAUCAUGUGUUCCUCAACCUGCACACUCUCAAGUUUUAUUGUCUGCCAGACAACUAUGAGAUCAUCGACUCUUCACUAGAAGACAUCACUUAUGUGCUAAAGCCAACUUUCACCAAGCAGCACAUUGCAGGACUGGACAAGCAAGGCAAACUGUACCGAGCCUACGAUGGUACGACAUACCUGCCAGGCAUUGUAGGGCUCAACAACAUCAAAGCCAAUGACUACGCCAAUGUGGUGUUGCAGGCUUUUUCCAAUGUACCACCUUUGCGAAACUACUUUCUGGAAGAGGAAAACUACAGAGGAAUCCGCAGGCCACCGGGCGACAUCAUGUUCCUCUUGGUGCAGAGGUUUGGUGAGCUGAUGCGCAAACUUUGGAAUCCAAGAAACUUCAAGGCCCAUGUUUCCCCUCACGAGAUGCUGCAGGCUGUGGUGCUGUGCAGCAAGAAGAACUUUCAAAUUACCAAGCAGGGAGAUGCUGUUGACUUCAUGACAUGGUUCUUGAAUGCUCUACAUGGUGCUCUUGGAGGCACAAAGAAAAAGCCAUCAAUCAUUACGAAAGCAUUUCAAGGCUCCAUGCGUAUCUUCUCCAAGAAACUUCCACACCCAGAUUUACCACCAGAGGAGAAAGAGGCUCUGCUUGUGACAGAGGAAUACCAGGAACAGAUGUCUGAGUCUACCUUCCUGUUUCUGACGCUUGACCUCCCAACAGCACCACUGUACAAGGAUGAGAAAGAGCAGCUUAUAAUCCCGCAGGUCCCUCUCUUCAACAUCCUGGGCAAAUUCACUGGCAGCACAGAGAAGGAAUACAAAACCUACAAAGAGAAUUUUCUUAAAAGGUUCCAGUUGACCAAACUUCCUCCGUACCUCAUUUUCUGCAUUAAAAGAUUCACCAAGAACAACUUCUUUGUGGAAAAGAACCCGACAAUUGUCAACUUCCCAAUCACGAACGUAGACCUUCGGGAGUACUUGACAGAAGAAGCUCAAGUUACAGAGAAGAACACAACUUAUGACCUCGUCGCCAACGUAGUGCAUGAUGGGAAGCCCACUGAGGGAGCGUACAGAAUACAUGUUCUCCAUCAUGGAACUGGCAAGUGGUAUGAAAUGCAGGACCUGCAGGUGAUUGACAUUCUCCCCCAGAUGAUCACACUGUCAGAGGCUUACAUCCAGAUCUGGAAGAGACAAGGAUGUGGCGAUGAAACAAACAACCACACAGACGUGUAAGUUAGGCAGGAUUUUCUUCUUCAGGGUGAUUUGCAAGAAGACUUGGGUAUUUAAUUGAUUGAAAACAACAACAGAGAAUAAUAUGAGAGUGGCAAGAGAGCGUCAAGGAUUUUCUUUAAAGCCACAAAAUUGUUUCCAUGUUUUUUUCCCCACCAUUUUAUCUUUUUACUAUGUGGAGGUUUCUAAAUAAACAAGCUCCAGGACAUGUCUGGAAUAA